AUGCUCCGUCAGGCGCCCCAAGCCUUGAAGGGGCGUCGCCUCCUAACGCCUGCAGCCAGUCGCCUGCCGCUCCCAGCCAAGGUGAUGUUCGCCCUCGCGAUGGAGCUGCUGGUAGCCAACCGCUGGGACAUGGCCAUGUGCGCGAUGCACUCGCUUGUGUUCCUCAUGCGGCCUGGCGUCUGGAGGGCGGUUCGCUUCGCGCACCUGGCGCCUCCCUCCGCAGGGGGCAGCCGCGGACUGGCGCGCUGGGGCCUUGGCAUUCGACCGCGGCUGCAGCAGCCCCCGCCGCCGCGCAUCCGGAGGCGCUCGUGCGCGAGCCGCGGCUUCGCCGAGCAGCGGCGGGGGCGAAGCGCCGAGGCCGCUGGCGGACGGGCGCCAGCGACGGGAGGUGCGAUAAGGGCGGGCGUCUGGGCAGCGAAUUCGCCAAGCUGCCGCUGCGCCUCCAGACCCUGUCGCGGUGGUGCCUCAGGUGCCUUCCCGUGGCGCUCUGCGGAUCGCUGCAGCCAGGCGGGUCCCGCGGCUUGA